AAGCCAUGUUGGAAACAAUAGAUACUCACCGGGCCCUCCAGGCAGUGGAGCGCCUACAAGCGAAACUGCGGGAACGGGGUGAUACGGCAAAUGAGGAAAAAUUGAGUUUGCUGAAAUCAGUGCUGCAAAGCCCUUUGUUCAACCAAAUCCUGAAUCUUCAGGCUUCACUUCCACAGCCAAGAGAUCAGGUAAACAUUGCACCUUCAGUGCCCUCAUCUGGUGAACUCCUGCAGCUUCCCCAUCAUAGUACUAUUGUGGGUUCUUCACUCCAUAAUGAAUCCUAUCUGUUGGCUCAGCAGAAUGGCAACCUUUCUAGUGGGCCAGGAGUAGCUGCACGGUCCACCACCCCUCAGAUUAAUGGGAAGUCCUCUAGUGAUGAAUUUGAAUUAUUGAUCAGAAAUAUGGCGCAGGGCCGCCUUGUUGAGACUAUAGAGCUUGUGAAACCUCCAAGUGGUGGCCUAGGCUUUAGUGUCGUUGGCCUGAAAAGUGAAUACAGAGGUGAACUGGGCAUAUUUGUGCAGGAGAUUCAAGAGGGGAAUGUGGCACACAGAGAUGGAAGGCUGCAGGAAGCAGAUCAAAUUCUUGCUAUAAACAGGCAAGCCCUUGAUCAAACAAUUACACAUCAACAGGCUAUUGGCAUCCUACAGAAAGCAAAAGAUAGUGUCCAGCUGGUUGUGGCUAGGGGCUCUUUGCCUCAGCUCAUCAAUCCUGUUGUUUCUCGGUCUCCGUCAGUUGCUAGCACAAUCUCAGCCCACUCCAAUCAGGUUCACUGGCAGCAUGUAGAGACCAUUGAGUUGGUGAAUGAUGGAUCAGGUCUGGGAUUUGGGAUAGUUGGCGGAAAAUCAACUGGAGUGAUAGUUAAAACUAUCCUUCCAGGAGGAAUAGCUGAUCAGCAUGGUAGGCUCUGCAGUGGAGACCACAUCUUGAAAAUCGGUGAUACAGACUUGGCUGGAAUGAGCAGUGAGCAAGUAGCACAAGUCCUGAGACAGUGUGGGAACAGAGUGAAGUUGGUUAUAGCCAGAGGUCCAGUAGAGGAGCCAGUGCCACCAGCAGUCCCUCCAGGCACCCCAGUACAAACUUGCAUGCCAGAUAACCAGCGGGAAGAGACAAAUGUUGGAAAUGACACAGAUGGAACCACAUUUGAUGUGGAGCUUACAAAAAACAUCCAAGGAUUAGGGAUAACUAUUGCUGGCUACAUUGGAGACAAAAUCUCAGAACCUUCUGGCAUUUUUGUAAAGAGUAUCACAAAAGGCAGCGCAGUUGAACAUGAUGGUAGAAUCCAUAUUGGAGAUCAAAUUAUAGCGGUGGAUGGAACAAAUCUUCAGGGUUUUACUAACCAGCAAGCUGUGGAAGUUCUGCGGCACACUGGCCAAACAGUCCGGCUCACAUUGAUUAGAAGAGGCCUUAAGCAGGAAAAUCACAUCCCGCCCCAUGAGGACUUCAGUGCUGCUGCUGAAAAGGAUUUAAUUUUCCAAACUAUGGAUAUUGGCAAAGGAAAAGAAAGCUAUGAGAGAGAGAAAGAAGCUCCAUUAUUGACAUGCAGUACCAGUGUGGUUCACAUUGGAGAAGAUGUUAGUCCACAGCAAUCAGGUUUUCAGCUAUUUUCCACAGAAGAAGAAGAGGCAUUGCAGAACAAGUGGCAGAGGAUUGUAGGGACAAAUUAUGAGGUUGUGGUAGCUCAUGUGAACAAGUUUAGUGAAAGCAGCGGACUAGGGAUAAGCUUAGAAGCAACAGUGGGACAUCACUUUAUUCGAUCUGUUUUGCCAGAAGGACCAGUUGGACGAUGUAGCAAGCUGUUUAGCGGAGAUGAAUUACUGGAAGUAAAUGGAAUAUCUUUGCUUGGAGAAAAUCACAAGGAUGUUGUAAAUAUUUUAAAAGAACUUCCCAUCAAGGUAACAAUGGUGUGUUGCCGUGCAGCUGCUCCACCUAUUAGUCAGUCCAUAUUGGAUGAAUCUCAGAUGACAGAGCAGCCUCACAUAGAUCUUGGUGGACUACUUGGUUCGUCAGAGACAGAUGAUGUUGAUUUGGAAAUGGCUAAUAUAGGCCAGAACACUGAUGAUGCUCAGGGAUCUUCUUUGGCAAUGUGGGAAACUGAAAUACAGCAAAUUGAGCUAGAGAAAGGGAGCAUGGGACUUGGCUUUAGCAUAUUGGAUUACCAGGACCCAGUGGACCCUGCCAACACAGUGAUUGUGAUCCGCUCCCUUGUUCCUGGGGGAAUUGCUGAACAGGAUGGCAGGCUCCUUCCAGGAGACAGGCUCAUGUUUGUUAAUGACAUCAACUUGGAAAACGGCAGCUUGGAGGAAGCUGUGCAAGCACUGAAAGGAGCACCUGUGGGAACAGUUAGAAUAGGAGUCGCUAAGCCAUUGCCUCUUUCACCAGAAGAGGGCUGUGUUCCUGCUAAGGAAGAUUCCUUUUUCUACACUGCCGAGUCCUUUGAGGUGGAAGGGCAAGCUGAUUCAGCCCUCUUCCAUGCUGAGCUGGCUCUGGUGGAUUCAAGUGAAGCAGAUCUAGCAGAGGAAUCCACCUUUGAGUCAAAGUAUUCCCCGGACAAUGCUGGUACCUUCCAGUCUUCAGUUUCAACUCUGCAUGGCAGCAACUACUCAGAUGACCUGAACUAUAACCUCUCACUACCCUCUUCAACUCCCAAGUGUAUUGGCGUAGACUCUUCAGAUGCUUCAAUCGCUUACAGAUUAUCUGACCCAAAUCUGUACAACAUGGAUGUGAUACAGAGAGGGGGAGAGAGCAAAUCCUCUGCAGAAGUAUGUAUGGAACAGCCUGAAGGGUUAACAAGAAAAGAUCCAACAGUACAUGCAUCUAAGAAACUAGUUGAAUAUGAAAACACAAGCGCUUGGGGAGAGCCUCUGCUGACAGCUGAAGUCACACAGAAUGCAAACUUAACGUCCAGGUUGCCUCAUGAUUAUUCUGGAAAAGAUCAAGUGUUUUUGAUGGGAAAUAGUAACCUAACACCUGGUGAGAGGUGUUCAACAACCCUAAGUACAAGUAAAAACAAAUUUGAAAAGACUAUUACUAUUGCAAAGGGCAAUUCAAGUCUAGGGAUGACUGUAAGUUCCAAUAAAGAUGGCUCUGGAAUAAUAGUCCGCAGCAUUAUCCAUGGCGGUUCUAUAAGUCGUGAUGGACGGAUUGGUGUAGGAGACUGUAUACUGUCUAUUAAUGAAGAACCUACCACUAAUUUAACAAAUGCGCAGGCACGGGCCAUACUGAGAAGACAUUCUCUCAUUGGACCAGAUAUAAACAUUACGUAUGUUCCAGCAGAGCAAUUAGAAGAGUACCAGGCCAGCUUAGGGGAGCAGCCAGAAAGGAUAUUACAACUAGACAUUUUUCCUUCUCACACUGUCAGCAGAGAAAUCCCAGAACUACCUGAACGGGAAGAAGGAGAAGGAGAAGAAAGCGAACUUCAGAAUGCUGGCUACAGUAAUUGGAGCCAGCCAAGGCGGGUGGAACUCUGGAGAGAACCCAGUAAGUCCCUGGGCAUCAGCAUUGUUGGUGGACGGGGAAUGGGAAGCCGUCUGAGCAGUGGUGAAGUUAUGAGAGGAAUCUUUAUCAAACAUAUUCUUGAAGAUAGCCCUGCUGGCAAAAACGGAACCUUAAAAACAGGAGAUAGAAUAGUGGAGGUGGACGGGAUUAACCUCAGAGAUGCAAGCCACGAACAAGCUGUGGAAGCCAUACGGAGAGCAGGCAACCCAGUAAUCUUUCUGGUACAAAGCAUUAUAAACAGACCAAGGCCAGAAUCUCUCUAUAGCUCUUUAUCGUCCUCUGCUCCCAUUGGGCAGAAACCUAAUAAUCCAUUUUACCAUCAGCCAUCACAGAACUUCCCUAUGCCUUACCUGCAGUACAAUCCUUUCAGUAAGCCUCCUGCCUACAGCAGCACUAACCCUUUUGUUGAUCCUCUUCAAUUCAACACUGACAAGGCAUCCAGCCACUCAGAUUCAGAGCCAGAAAAGACUUCAUCUUGUAACUUGCUGUUGCCUCCUUCUUCAGCAUCUCCAGGAAUGAGAGUUGAAGAUGUACAGCAAUCCUGCAGCACAAACCUGGAAGAUUUGGAAGAUGAGUUUGGAUACAGCUGGAAAAAGAUCACUGAGCGUUAUGGGAACCUGCUGGGAGAUCUGCACAUGAUAGAGUUGGAAAAGGGGAAAACUGGCUUAGGACUCAGCCUGGCUGGGAACAAAGACCGAUCCAAGAUGAGUGUUUUUGUAGUGGGAAUUGAUCCAAAUGGAGCAGCUGGAAAAGAUGGCAGGCUGCAGAUUGCAGAUGAGUUACUGGAAAUAAAUGGACAUGUUCUCUAUGGAAGGACUCACCAGAAUGCAUCUUCAAUAAUUAAAUGUGCACCUUCUAAAGUAAAACUCAUAUUUGUGAGAAACAAAGAUGCUGUCAAUCAGAUGGCAGUUUGUCCUGGGAAAUCAGUAGAGGCUUCUUGUGGAACACCUCAACCUGAAGAGGAUGAAGUGAAUAUUCGGUGCUCUAGUUUACCUAUAGAUUUGAGUUUAUAUACAAAUAUUCAGGAUAUAGAACUACCUAAGGAUCAAGGCAUAGGUAUUGCCAUCAGUGAAGAAGACACAAUAAAUGGCGUGGUUGUCAAAAGUUUAACAGAAUAUGAUGGAGCUGCAAAGGAUGGCCGAAUUAAGAUUGGAGAUCAGAUCCUGGCAGUGGAUGAUGAAGUUGUUGUGGGAUAUCCUAUAGAAAAGUUUAUCAGUUUACUGAAGACACCGAAGGCCUCUGUGAAACUUACAAUCAAUUCAGUAGAAGAGGAGAGUCAGCCAGCUGCCAAGCCACAAACACCGAUUUACCACACUGAUUUGGGUGAGAGACUUAUCCAACAACCAGCAAGCAUUCCAACUUCUGAUUCACCAGAACCAGAAUCAGUUAAAAAUACAAGCAGGUCCUCAACUCCAGCCACAUUGGCCUCUGACCCAGCUACUUGCCCAAUUAUCCCAGGCUGUGAAACUACAAUUGAUAUCUCCAAGGGACGUACAGGUCUUGGCUUGAGCAUUGUGGGAGGAGCUGACACUUUGCUGGGAGCAAUUAUUAUUCAUGAAGUGUAUGAAGAAGGUGCAGCAUCAAAAGAUGGAAGACUCUGGGCUGGUGAUCAGAUCUUGGAGGUGAAUGGAAUUGACCUAAGGAAUGCAACACAUGAUGAAGCCAUAAAUGUUCUCAGACAGACACCUCAAAAAGUCCAACUAACUGUUUACAGGGACGAAGCUCAGUAUAAGGAAGAAGACAUGUAUGACGUGCUUAGCAUAGAGCUACAAAAGAAGCCAGGCAAAGGUCUUGGUUUAAGUAUUGUUGGGAAAAGAAAUGACACUGGAGUGUUUGUGUCAGACAUUGUCAAGGAAGGAAUAGCAGACUUGGAUGGGAGAUUGAUGCAAGGAGACCAGAUAUUAAUGGUGAAUGGAGAAGAUGUUCGAAAUGCUAAUCAGGAAGCUGUUGCUGCUUUGUUAAAGUGCUCAUUAGGUACAGUCAGACUAGAAGUUGGAAGAAUAAAGGCAGGCCCGUUCCAUUCGGAGAGGAGAACGUCUCAGAGCAGCCAGGUCAGUGAGGGAAGUGGCAGCCUCUCCUCAUUCAGUUUUCCAGGUUCUGGAUCCAACCCAUGUGAAAGUUAUGAAAGCACUCUGAAGAAGAAUUUAUUGGCAUCUGAAAUACAAGGACUAAGGACAGUUGAAAUAAAAAAGGGCCCUUCAGAUUCCUUGGGAAUUAGCAUUGCUGGAGGAGUAGAAAGCCCUCUUGGUGAUGUUCCUAUCUUCAUAGCAAUGAUGCACCCAAAUGGAGUUGCAGCCCAGACUCAGAAACUGAGGGUUGGGGAUAGGAUUGUUAGCAUUUCUGGAACAUCCACAGAAGGCAUGACUCAUUCCCAGGCUGUCAGCUUGCUAAAAAAUACUUUGGGCACUAUUGAAAUACAGGUGGUAGCUGGUGGAGAUGUCAGUGUCAUAACUGGCCAGCAGCAAGAUCCACCACCUUCUAGUCUUUCAUUUGCUGGACUGACAUCAAGCAACAGCUUCCAGGAUGAUUUGGGGCCUCCGCAGUAUAAAACCAUCACUCUGGAUCGAGGACCUGAUGGGUUGGGCUUUAGUAUUGUGGGAGGUUAUGGAAGCCCUCAUGGGGAUCUGCCCAUUUAUGUUAAGACAGUAUUUGCAAAGGGUGCAGCAGCAGAAGAUGGACGUCUGAAGAGAGGGGAUCAGAUCAUUGCUGUCAAUGGGCAGAGUUUGGAAGGGGUCACUCAUGAAGAAGCUGUGGCUAUUCUAAAAAGGACAAAAGGAACUGUCACGCUCACUGUUCUCUCCUGAACUCUCUAUCCAAAGAUUUAGGG